AUGUCGACACCGGCCGAUGAACCUGUGACCGCCCAGGCAGCCGCGUCUGGAUCUGGGGAACCGGCUGCUACCACCAACGGCCUGCACAGCAACAAGUCAGGAUGGGAUGGCAAGCUACGCCUGGAUAAGAACAAAAAGGCCGUACUGGCCAACCCUGAGGCCCUGUCGGACCCCGAUUACUCAGACGAAGACGCCCCUCCAGUCGACCAGAUCGAAGCAGAUGAAGACUUGCUCCAAGACGAGGACCCUGACGUCGAGGAGAUCGACCUUCAGCAUAGCCGAGUCUCGUCCAUUCCUAAUCUCCGCCUUGAACGCUUUAGCAAAGUCAUCAAACUGUGCCUCCGCCAAAACUCCAUCUCCUCUAUUCAGCUUCCCGAAUCCCUCGCCGCCACCCUCCAAGAACUCGAGCUAUACGACAAUCUCAUCUCCCACGUCAAGGGUCUCGAAUCCUUCACCGAGCUGCGCAGCUUGGACCUGAGUUACAACAAGAUCAAACACAUCAAGCGCGUCGACCACCUCAACAAUCUCCAUCACCUCUACUUCGUCCAGAACAAAAUCUCUCGUAUCGAGGGCUUGGACGGUCUCUCAAAUCUUACAUACCUGGAGUUGGGAGCUAACAGAAUCCGGGAAAUCACUGGGCUGGAGACUCUGGUCAACCUGGACUCAUUAUGGCUCGGUCAGAACAAAAUUACUGAGCUCAAGGGACUUUCUACGCUUACCAAGCUAAAGACUCUCUCCAUUCAGGCAAACAGAAUCACGUCAUUGGAUGGACUCAAGGAAAUACCCCAGCUCGAGGAGCUGUAUAUCUCAGACAACUUGUUGACCUCCCUCGAGCCUCUCUCCCACGCUCCAGAACUCAAAAUCUUGGAUGUCCAGAACAAUCCUAUCACAUCACUACGUGGUGUUUCGGCACUGGCCCACAUUGAGAAUCUCUGGGCGACAGGCUGCAAGCUGGAGAGUUUCAAUGAGCUGGAGAAAGAACUUGGCGACAAGAAAGAGCUUUCCGAAGUCUACUUCGAAGCCACUCCCCUCCAGAAGUCAAAUCCAGUUUUGUAUCGCAACAAGGUCCGCUUAGCACUACCUCAGGUCUCAAAAAUCGAUGCCACAUACGUGAGAGUCUGA